ACUAUUUGGCAACGCGGCGCAACACGUGUGAACAAUAAACAGCUGUUAAAGCCGCAUUUCAUUUUUAUUUAGAACCGAAACAGAAUUACUACUAAGUAAUUGAAAUGUCUGCUAACAAGCAAAAGAAACUGAAUACCAUGGAGGUGGACCCCAACGAUGAGGACUCUAGUUCCAGCGAUGAUGAUGAUGACGAUGGCCCCCACCCAGAUGCUUAUAGAGGAAACGAGGAGGUUCAAAUCGACUUCGAGGGUCGUUCUCCGGUGGAUCCUGAUGCCCAGGGAAUCUCUCAGCUUCUCCAACGACUAUUCCUACGUGCCCAUAUCAACUGCAAUCAAAUGGCGGACUUAAUUAUAGCCCAAAACUACGUUGGCAGUGUGAUAUGUCAGUGCGAUGACGAGGGCGCCGAGAGCGAAACAGAUGAAGACAACAUGGUCGAGGAUGGUACUGUCUUUGGAAUCACUUCCGUGCUGAAUCUGACUGCCAAGAAGGAUCAGCCCAGCAUCGCCCAGCUGAGAACUUACCUACUAGAUCGCGCCAAGUCGCACGCCUCGGAGCAAGUGCAGCAACAGCUGAGGGAAAUACUGGAAAGUGAGCAGCGCCAUGUGGGAUUCCUGAUAAACGAGCGGUUCAUCAACAUCCCCGCCCAGAUCUCCGUGCCAUUGCUGCAGAAUCUACAGCAGGAAAUCGACGCCGCCAAGGCCAAGAAAAUGAAGUUUGACUUUGGCACCCUACUGCUGCUUGUUAAGUUCUACAGAAAGGAGGCGAAGAAGGGAAAACCAGCAGAGGACAACUACACCAAUGCUGAGGAUGAGUUGCUAUCGGAUCGGGCCAAGUUCUCUUUCGAGUAUUCCGUGGCCUCUGAGACCGACUCGGGUAUGUCUGGGGAUUGGCUGGAAGGUGAUGCCGUAAUGACGCCCUAUAGGAAACUCCUAGUGUUAGAGGCCAAGCAGUUACCUCAGUUAAUUGACGAUAUACAGAGCUUUAUUAAUGGUGAAUAAAUGUUUUGCAGUUAUACGA